GAUUAGAAACUUGAAAGGGGGACUGGGUACACACGGAAACUAAAAUGGCGGACGAAAAGCUGUGAAUUCAGAGUUCGCGUUGGGUAAAUGCAGCGAAAAUUUUGGGGAUCUCUGGGCUCCUUCGUUGGUAUAAAAAGAACUAUUUUAACGUCAAGACCAUUGAAUGUGGGAAGACCUAGUUUCGAUUCCAAAAGCAUGCAUAAAGGAGGUAUCCGUCAUAAGUCUGAAUUUUCAAGUGAUGGAGGUGGAGGUAGGAGGGGUAGAGGACGUGGACGGCAUCCCUCAGGCUUGUCAGGAAAACAGAUUGGCCUCUGGUAUGCAAGGAAAGGACAUGAAAAGAAAGCAAGAAAGGAACUUAAGCAGCGUGCUUUUGUUACAAUGGACAGCCAUCAUGAGGAGAGGAUAAGUCAGUUGCUGGGAGAAUUAAGAGAAAAUGAGAGUAGUACUAGUUUAAGUGAUGACAGCAGAACACAAGCUAGUACAUCAGCCUGCAGAGAUUGGUGUGAUGCCCCUCAUGAAGAGCAGAACCGUGAACAUCCUGACGAAGGAUCACACACUAACAACAGAGAUGAGGAAAUUCAAGGGAUAACAGACUCAAAGUUUCAUCGUCAGUUUGCAGACGAAGAUGAUUGCUUCCCGGAUCAGGUGUAUGUGUCUGAUAAAGAUGGAAGCAAACAAUCAACUUCCAAGUCCAUUUUUAAUAUGGAUGUACCUUUGCAGCAGGACAGUGCUUUUGAUCAAUAUUUAAAGGAAGAACAGCAGAAGAAGGUCAUGUCGGGCAGUGCAAGAUAUAAUACCAUGCAGGAAUUCCGUAAAAGAUUACCAACAUAUGAGAAGAAAGAGGAAUUACUUCACCUUAUUAACUCAGAGCAGGUUUUAGUUAUCAGUGGAGAGACUGGAUGUGGCAAAACAACUCAGGUUGCUCAGUUUGUCUUGGAUGAUGCUAUUGAACGCGGCUGUGGAUCAACAUGCCGAGUGAUCUGUACUCAACCUCGAAGGAUCAGUGCUAUUUCAGUUGCAGAGAGAGUUGCUGUAGAGAGGGAUGAAGAAUGCGGUGAAAAUGGUAGUGUUGGAUAUCAGAUCAGAUUGGAAAGUAAGCUACCUCGGGAACAAGGUUCUAUUCUUUAUUGUACAACAGGAGUGCUUCUUAGAUGGCUCGUUGAUGAUCCCCUUCUUCAUCGUUGCAGUCACAUCAUUCUUGAUGAGAUCCAUGAAAGGGAUAUUUUGUCAGAUUUCCUCAUCAUCAUUAUCAGAGAUCUUUUAAUAAAAAGUAUCGCCUAUUGGUGUGCACUGCUCUUAAUAAAAACAGUGGGUGCUUAUCUUACUCUAGAAAUUCAAGGGAUAACAGACUCAAAGUUUCAUCGUCAGUUUGCAGACGAAGAUGAUUGCUUCCCGGAUCAGGUGUAUGUGUCUGAUAAAGAUGGAAGCAAACAAUCAACUUCCAAGUCCAUUUUUAAUAUGGAUGUACCUUUGCAGCAGGACAGUGCUUUUGAUCAAUAUUUAAAGGAAGAACAGCAGAAGAAGGUCAUGUCGGGCAGUGCAAGAUAUAAUACCAUGCAGGAAUUCCGUAAAAGAUUACCAACAUAUGAGAAGAAAGAGGAAUUACUUCACCUUAUUAACUCAGAGCAGGUUUUAGUUAUCAGUGGAGAGACUGGAUGUGGCAAAACAACUCAGGUUGCUCAGUUUGUCUUGGAUGAUGCAAUUGAACGCGGCUGUGGAUCAACAUGCCGAGUGAUCUGUACUCAACCUCGAAGGAUCAGUGCUAUUUCAGUUGCAGAGAGAGUUGCUGUAGAGAGGGAUGAAGAAUGCGGUGAAAAUGGUAGUGUUGGAUAUCAGAUCAGAUUGGAAAGUGCGGAAGACAGUGAAGGUGAUAAUGAUGAUAAUGGCAAUGAUGGUUAUGACUAUGAGAGUGACAGUANACUGUAUGAAGUUCAAGAAAAAGCUGCUGGCUUUGUCAGGAAACAACCAAAGUGGAAGCAGCAUAGGGCUAGGGGGUCUAAAAGCUUUGCAAAAGACAGAAGGUUGGAAAAAUCUACGGCAUGGAUGGCAGAAAGUCAGGAGGAUGAGAAGGAGUUGGAAUGGCAGCAAUAUCUUCACUCACUUAGAGACAGAUAUUCACCAAGAACAAUCACAACACUUCAAAACAUGGAUCUGGAAAGGAUUGAUGUGGAACUUUUGUGUCUUCAUUACUUGAUUUUGGUAACCAUUCUCGAAAGCCGCCAUGAAACAAUCCAGUGUAACUACAAACUGUCAGAAGAUGACUGCCUUGGUCAUCUUAUGUACAAUCUAAUAAAGCCACUGCUUCGUUUAUUAGAGCCACGUAGUCGUCCAUUUGUUGAAUUUCAAUCUUCCUUUCUUUGUAGUAUUACUAUUGAUGAUGUUGUAUUUGUUGUGGAUGCUGGCAAAGUGAAACAAAAGACGUAUGAUGUGAACAACAAAAUUGCCUGUCUACAGCCGGUGUGGAUCAGUAAGGCUUCAGCACGGCAAAGAAGAGGCCGAGCUGGAAGAGUGCAGCCUGGGUACUGCUUUCAUUUGUUCACCCAACCUCGUGCCCAGUCCCUUGACGAUUACCAGCUGCCAGAGAUGUUGCGAACACCUUUGGAGGAACUUUGCUUGCAGAUCAAGGUACACGCACGCAUAUGUACGCUACUGAAGUUGGAGCAUUUUUAGUCAUGCAGAUUAGCUGUAGGAAACAAGGGUGCCUAAUGCAGAGUGCUUCGUAUACUGGAUCGUGCGUUCCAGCUUCGAGCAUUGGUCGCCGUGACCGUCUUUGUGUUGUGUUCUUUGGCAAGA